AUGUCGUCCAGCGCCGUCUCCAAGCAGGACCUAGGAGUGAUACUUAUUGCUGCUGCUAUCAACAAGAGUCUUAAAAAGCAUGCAGAUGACUCUGAAAAUUCCAAAAUAACCAUCCCUAUAGGGGGAUUUCUAAGAGAACUUCAGUCAUUGACUUUGGGCUAUACCAACAGAUUCACGCCAAACAAGAACGAACAGGGAAUAUCUAAGCAUGAUUUGAUUUCAACCAUCAAUAGCUCCAAGUUUUCUAACUUUGUUGAAAUUUCGAACGACCGUUUGGUGAUUCUGGCAAAGCCAAGAGAAUACGAAGAAACCAUGAAGAAGAUUGUGUUGGAAUCUGCCAUCAGGCAUUCACAGUCGCUAAUCAAGCAGAUAAAUGAUAUCGGAGAAGAAUACAGACAUAAAAAGACAUUAGGUAAUGUCCAACCGCUUCAAAUGACUCAAGCACCGCAACUAGAUCAGAAGCUGCGUGAAGUGGAGAAAGAUGAAGCAGAGGAUGUGGUUGAUGAGGAGAAGGAGGAAGACGAAGAAGAAGACGAAGAAAGCAAAUCUGAAGCCGAUAAGGAAGAUAAUGAACAAUCAGUUACUAGUCCGAAACUUGCUUCAGACAAUGAGUUGGAUGUCGAUGUUAAGGACAUAGAAUCGGCUUCGAACGACAAGCUUGUAAAUGAGUCAGAAAAUGCGAACGGUAAAUUCGAAGUGAAGUCUGAUUCUCAAGAUAAUACCAUCGUGGCUCGUCCAGAAGAAGAAAGCGAAAGCCUAGAGGAGAUAGCUGAAGUAGCACAACAAGCAGAAAAUAUAGAUGAACUGGAGCAAAACGAAGUUCCGGAAGUUUCUGAUGAGCCUGAAAUUGCAGAUAGCGACGAUGACGAGAUCCUUGAAGCACCAGAGGUGGAGGAACCAGCAGAAGACCAGGAUAGGUCCAACGAACAAGCUGUUUCUACACAUGCUAAAAAUGUGACACACGGAGAAAGUUCAGGGGAGAAGGAAAGCAUGGCAGUAGAGAAUGAUGUUGUUAUUGAGAAACUGGAGCAUGAUUCAGAAGUUACUGCCGUUAAAGAAGAGGAGGUAGUUUCUGAUGCAGCGGCUACCCCUAAAGGCUUAAAAUCCUCAGGAUCUACUCCAGAGCCAACAAGCGCCAGGAAGAGAUCGGGUUCCCCAAAUACCUCAAGCUCUGGCCAACGCAAAAGAUUUCAAAAUAUUGCCGUUAAUCUCAUCAACAGCAUCCAAGCACACAGAUAUUCAUCGCCGUUCCUUCAAGCGGUCAACAAGCGCGAUGCACAUGAUUAUUACGAUGUGAUAUACGAGCCCAAAAAUUUGAAGGGCAUCUUGAAGAACAUCAAACUGAAAGCAGAGCCCCCUGAAUAUCAGCUGGUUAAGCAAUUGGAGAGAGACAUCAUGUUAAUGUUUGCCAACUGCGUGAUGUAUAACAAGUCCGAUGAGGAUUUGGUAAAGUUAACCAUCAGUAUGAAGAAUGAUGUGACGAAUAUCUUCAAGAUGUUUGAAGAAGCAGAGCUGGAUAUUAAAUAA